AUGAGACAAGAUAUACAAUGUUUGCGAGGGAUAGCUAUCAUACUUGUAUUCCUCUUCCACCUGUUCCCAACUUUGUUUGUCAAUGGAUUCCUAGGAGUUGAUAUAUUUUUUGUGAUUUCUGGAUAUCUGAUGGCUAAAAAUUUAACAAGAAACGAAUUGAAAACUUUGAAUGACUUCGCCCAGUUUUAUUACCGGAGAUUCCGAAGAAUUCUCCCCUUAUACUACUUUAUUGUGUUCAUAAUUGUGGUCAUGGUUCAUUUAUACCUAGGAGACUAUUUAUGGGAUAACAAUAAUAGAUACUCAUUGGCUUCAUUGUUUCUGGUCACUAAUCAACUUGUGAUUCAUGAUCAGGAAGACUAUUUUAGUGAGUUCCAAGCGUCCGCUACAUCCGUCAACGCUUUCCUCCAUCUCUGGUCCUUAUCCGUGGAAAUGCAAUUCUACCUCCUCGUACCAUUCAUUUUCUUUGGUCUCCAACAUUUGAAACACGACUAUCUGAAAUUCAUAGCCUCCUGCCUCAUAACAAUAUUCGGCUUCAUCGCGUUUGCUAUGAUUCUCCCGAAAUUUGCCUUCAACUUCAUGUUCCUCCGCCUCUGGCAGUUUUCAGCAGGAUUCAUUGCGUUUUUCUGGUCUAAAACUAAGACAAAUCUACGUGAUAAUCUGAAAAUUAAAAGAGAAGCAACAGAGUCAAUUUUUAAGUUCCCAUUCACCGAAGAUGACUUACUGACAAUAUCUCUAACAGUCUUGGCUAUCUGCUUCUUGCCAAAUGAGCUCAAUGUACUGUAUUUCCGUCCUAUCGUUACUAUGGCGACUGCGGCUGUAAUUAUUUGUGAAUCUCAGAAUAAUAUGAUGUUGUCUUCUAAUCUACUUGGAUACAUCGGGGAUAUCUCUUAUGUGUUAUACCUUGUACACUGGCCCAUGAUUGCAAUAUUUGCACCAUACUCACCACAAACUUAUAUAUUCCUUACUGUGACCACCUUCCUCUCCUCCAUCAUUCUUCAUCACAUAUUCGAACAGAAGUACUUGAAAAUGGACUGGAAGACUCUAGUACGAUUUCUGUUUGUCCUGAUUAUGGGAAACGUGUUUUUACAAUCGAGUGUAAGGGGAGAUAUCACUUUCUGGAACAUGACGUACACUGAUGAUGUCCAGAAUAUAAUGAUUUCCAACAAAGCACAAAUUCCAUGGUCAUGGCUUUCUGAAGAGAAACGAGAUGAGUGUGUUGAGGAGCCCAUUGGAGAGGAUAUAGAGAAACACAAAGUUUUUGGAUACGGGUCUUGUGUGCGCGGCAAUGGAAAUCUCUCCAUUAUGUUGAUAGGCAACAGUUAUGUGCUAAGCUUCAGGAAUCCUCUUCGAGAGCAAUUUGGCUUGAAUUACUCAACUUUCCGGUAUAGUUCUUUAUCAGAAGGUUACGGUAUCUAUGCAGACACUGUGGCUUCACGUUUAAGUCUGGAAAUAGCUAGGAGACAAGUUGCUCGAUACAAACCGGAUGUUCUUUUUAUAUUUGCAAGAUAUUCGCCAUCAAUUAGAGAUCCGAUUCGAGAAAAUGAUGAUUAUAUCCAACAGAUGAAUGAAAAUAUAAAAUUCUACGAGAAACUCGUGAAGAAAAUUUAUAUCCUGGGAUCCCAUCCAUUGUAUAAAAUGAAUUUCUUGAGUAUAUUUCUGCAAAAUGUUCAACAUCGGCCGGAUGAUAUGGAAUCCUUGCAUAUGAAUCGAAGGGAAGCUGAUAAGGUGAUGAUAAAUGUAAAGAAAAGAUUCAAAAUGAUUAAAUGCUCCAAAUGCCAGUUCUUCGACGUGAGCCACUUGUUCGUGGAAGACAACAAAUACCUCAUGUUCGAUAGAGAUCAAAUGCUUUCUUAUGUAGAUAACACACUUCAUCUCACUCACGCUGGUCUGAAAGUCACUGAGCCGGAGUUGAAGAGAGUUGCCAAGGAAGUCCAAGCUACUGCUACAUCCGUCCACGCGUUUCUCCAUCUCUGGUCCUUAUCCGUUGAGAUGCAAUUCUACCUUCUCGUACCAUUCAUUUUCUUUGGUCUCCAACUUCUGAAGCAAGACUAUCUGAAACUCAUAGCCUCCUGCCUCAUAACAAUAUUCGGCUUCAUCGCGUUUGCUAUGAUUCUCCCAAAAUUCGCCUUCAACUUCAUGUUCCUCCGACUCUGGCAGUUUUCAGCAGGAUUCGUUGCGUUGUUUUGGUCUAGAAUUGAAAAAAGUAUACGUGAUAAUCCGGAAAACAAAAAAGAAGCAACAGAGUCAAUUUACAAAUUACCAUUCAUCAAAGAUGACUUACUGACUGUAUCUCUAACAAUCUUGGCCAUCUGCUUCUUGCCAAGUGAGCUCAAUGUACUGUAUCUCCGUCCUAUCGUUACCAUGGCGACUGCGGCUGUAAUUAUUUGUGAAUCUCAGAAUAAUACGAUGUUGUCUUCUAAUACACUGGGAUACAUCGGGGAUAUCUCUUAUGUACUAUACCUUGUACACUGGCCCAUGAUUGUAAUAUUUGCACCAUACUCACCACAAACUUAUAUAUUCCUUACUGUGACCACCUUCCUCUCCUCCAUCAUUCUCCACCACAUAUUUGAACAGAAAUACUUGAAAAUGGACUGGAAGACUCUAGUACCUUUCCUGUUUGUCCUGAUAAUGGGAAACGUAGUUUUGCAAUCGAGUGUAAGGAGGGAUAGCACUUUCUGGAACAUGACAUACACUGAAGAUGUCCAGAAUAUAAUGAUUUCUAACAAAGCACAGAUUCCAGCGUCAUGGCUGACAGAGGAGAAACGAGAUGAAUGUGUUGAGGAGCCUAUUGGAGAGAAUAUAGAAAAAUACAAGCAUCGGCCGGAUGAUAUAGAAUCGUUGCAUAUGAAUCGAAGAGAAGCGGAUAAGAUGAUGAUAAAUGUAAAGAAAAGAUUCAAAAUGAUUAAAUGCUCCAAAUGUCAGUUCUUUGACGUGACCCAUUUGUUCGUGGAAGACAACAAAUACCUCAUGUUCGAUAGAGAUCAAAUGCUUUCUUAUGUAGACAACACGCUUCAUCUCACUCACUCAGGUCUGAAAGUCACUGAGCCGGAGUUGAAGAGAGUUGCCAAGGAAGUUAUGGAUACUGUAUAA